UUAGGUAUUAUUUAUUAAGAGUACAAAAACUCUGUGUGGGUGUGGUUUAAUCAGAUUAGACUGACAUGUUUCAACUGGUCAAAUGUUCCUCAGGCACUGAUUAGUGCAGGGACAUGCAUGACAUCAGCUUUUUCCAACUGAGCCCCGCCCACCUCAAAGCAGUGAGAGUGCACAUAUUAAAACAGAAAUAUAAUGUGAAAUAACCAAACUGUUUAAACCUUGACAGCAUAUCAUGUAAUGUAUAUCGCUUGUAGUAAAAAGAUGUUCAGGAUAACCUUUUUUUUUUCAAUUACCAUACAUUAUAGUUAAUUAUACAACCUAAACUCUGGCAUUAAAUAUAGUGGUUAGACUACUUAGUGUAAUAACACAUUUCAACGUUUGUUCACUGUGAUAAUAACUGGUAUUUCUCCCAGAGAGAUUAUAUGUAUAUCUAUGUAGACUACUACUUCAAAGUUAUUAUGAUGCAAUAAAUUCAUACAGUAGAAUUCUACUGUACAAUACCAUAGUUGGUAAAAGUCACAACUUAUUUACUGCUCACUUAAAGCUGCAAACUGGUUACUAAAUUAUUACAAAAUUUAGGUCAAAGUCACAGGCUAGUUACUGGCCCUUUAAUUAUUACACAACCUAUCUACAGGCUUUACCACAUUGCAAAGAUUGUAUAGCAAGUCUUUCCUAUCUUCUGAAGGUUUUUCUCUUUUAUCCUAAAUCUAGGUCUGUCUGCCUUUUUCUAGCUUACCGUAUUGCUGAUAGGAAGCAUUAUACUUUGAUCACUGAGUGAGACCUUUUGUUUAGAGCCCAGACUGGCUCCGACACAUCUAAACUAAUCAAAGCACCUUUGUUUUGAUGUAGCAGACGGAGUCUGUCUGUCUGUUGAGUCUAGGCAAAUCUACUGAGACAGACUUGGAAGUUGAGUGUCUUCUGAACUUUUUCUUUCACAGUAUAUAGGCUUAUAUGACUGCUUGGGUUGGCUGGACUUUGACCACAUAUCAGACAGAAAGCUGAGUCAAACUUUAAAGUGCAAGUGUGGCCUUUCAAAAAAUAUUUGACAGAAUAAAAGAUGGAAGAAAGGGUUCCAGUGGGCUGCGGAGCACAAGCAAGGAAAGGGGACAAACACUGUCUUCAGGACCUAAGGGUUGUCCUCUUGGGGCACGACUGGCUGGAAAAGAGUUUGACAGGAAACACCAUCCUCGGCCAACAAAUGUUUGAUAUCAGCAGAGACGUGAAGAUGUGUGUUAGGAGACAGGGUGUUCUCGACAAUGGCCAUACAGUUAUUGUUGUCAACAGCCCUGAAAGGUGGAUCCACUACUCUGUCCGAGAGCCCGGCCUGGUGAACAACAACAUGGCAGCCUGCAUGGCCAUGUGCCCGCCAGGACCUCAUGCCUUCCUCAUGGUCAUACCCAUCAGCCCUCACCGAGGCAGGGAGUGGACAGUCGAGGGACCUCUUGAGCUGCUUGAUGACACAGUGUGGAGAAACACGAUAGUAAUAUUCACCAGAUGUGAGAGACUGAAAGGGUUGUCUGUGGAGGAUUACACUGCAAGACACAGGUUUCUCCGAGCGGUUUUGGAGAGGUGUGGACAUAGAUACCACCUUUUAGACACAAGCAUUUGGGGAGAAGAUGAUGAUGCUCAGGUUGCAGAACUUUUGGGGAAGAUUGAUGUAAUGGUUGCAGCAAACAUAAAGGCAGAAGGAGUUGGUUUUGUGACUGCAAACGAGAAAGUCUUUAGAAUAACCGGGAUGGAAAGGAAAGAGGUAGAAGAGAGGGCGAUUCUGAGGCGAAUGAAUGUGCAGAGGGCCAGAAGCACAGUCAGAUCUCUAAUGGAAGAGUCUCCUCCGAUCGCAAUGCUUCGAGUUCUCAUCAUGGGACCAAGGCAGGUUGGGAAGAGCUCGGCUGGAAACACCAUUCUUGGCGAGGAAGUAUUUCCUGCUGGACAUCCAACAUCAGAGUGCACUGAGAGACGGGGUGACGUUCACAAAAAGCAAGUCACUGUGGUUGAGGCUCCUGGCUGGCAUGGGAGAUACUGCUCAGAGGACACGCCACGGGAGGUACAACAGCAGAUUACCCACAUUGCAUCUCUGUGUGCCCCCAUUUAUCAUGCUGUCCUGGUGGUCGUACGCUGCGAUGAGUCUUUCACUGAAACGGACCGGUUAAAGGCGGAGGAACACUUGAACUUGCUUGGAGUUUGGGGGUGCACUCGAGUCAUCGUGCUGUUCACCUGGGGAGACAAACUGGGAGUCACUCCCAUUGAGGAGCACAUUGAGAGAUGGCCUGCCCUUCAGUGGUUGGUGGACAAAUGUGGGAAUAGAUAUCAUGUUUUUGAUAACUUAAACAAGGUCGGAGACAUUCAGGUUAGAGAACUGCUGUCGAAGAUUGAGGAAACAGAGGUGGGGAAUGACACUGAACAAUUGUUGCGUAGUUUUAUGAAACUCCAAGAAAGCAACAGGAAGCUGGAUCAAAUUUACCAAAAGAAACUGAGACAGCUCAAGAAGGCAAAGAGGGCGAAUGAUCUUCUGCGGCAAGCAAUCGAGGAGCAGGAGAGGAUAUUAGAGGACAUGAUUAAAACAGCUAAAGAGAAGGAUGAGCAGAUCAAAGCUCUGAAAGCGGCAAGGGAGAAGGAGCCAGAAGAGAGAGAAAAUAGAGAUGCUGAAGAAGAGAUUGGCAGAAGAUUAGUGGAGGCUGAGAGGGAGAACAACCAGCUCAAACAAGUCAUUACAGGGAAAGACAGAAUGAUAACAAGCCUGAGUGAAAGAUGUGCUCAAAAAGAUGACGUGAUUAAAGCUACAAAGCAAAGCAGUGAGGUAGAAAAGGACGUUCUGAAGGAAAGAGUGAUGGAACAAGAGAAAGAGGCAGCAGCCUUUGAGAAAAAGUGUGAGAAGAAAGACAAAGAGCUGGAUCAAAUGAUGAUGAAUCACAAAAGAGAAGCAAAUGAGCUUAAAGAGACAAUUGAACAGCUGAAGAGAGAAAAUGAAGAUACAAAGAAGGUGUUGAAGGCCACAAUUGAAGGGAUGCAGAUGCACUAUCCGAAAAAAGAAACUGAUAGAACAAAUGAGACAAAAAAGGUGCACUUUCACAAAGGUAACCACCACAGGGAAACAAUGACGGACCUCAAGUCAUUGGAGGAGCUGGAUAAACAACAAAAAUGGGCGUCCAUGGUGCCAUUGACCCACCAUGGAAACACUGCUAAACCCAAGACAGAACAGAAAAGGCCAGUCGUGUUGGACGAUGACAUCAUGCUACGUGAAAAGAGAGUGACUGCUAACCAAGUGUGGCAACUUGAGGCCGACUGGACUCCGUCGUGGCUGAGGGCUGGAGGAGCUGCGCUGGGAGCUGCAGCUGGGGCCCUUGCUGCCUCCUCCUCCAGGCUGGCUACAGGGAUGAGUACCAGGUCAGCUGUUGGAGCAUCAGCUGGGGCUCUGCUGGGCUGCUUACUGGUCCAAGGAGCCAGGCCCCAGCAGGGGAAAAUGGAGUCAGAUGCCAACAGCAAAUGAGUCUCAUGAGCCAUGAGAUGCCUUUUGAGUCGCCAUAAUUCCUGAUUAGUAGCAGAGCUUCUGGAUAAUGCUCUGGAUAAGACCUAUAUGGAUAGGGAGCGAAUUUUAAUGUGAAUCUAUAAGUUAUUUCUCAAUUAUUAUAUACUCAAUUAUUAUAACUAUUAUGAAGUUGCAACUAAUGCUUAUAAAAGAGAUGAUCAUUUGAUUAUUUGUGCACUGAUAAUAGCUAUCUAAUGUCUAUAAAUAUUUAUGUCUUAAUAUAUUUAUUAACCAUUUACAAGGUAUUAUAAUCAUCAGUUACAACUUUAUAAUAGCCAUCAAAAUUAUGUUUAUUGUCUUUUAACAAACGAUUUCUGAAAGCUUUACAAGUUAUUUGGUAAUUCUUAACAAAUACUAUAAUAUAUCAUAUGUUGUGAUGUGUGACAAUCUGUUAAGAUAACGCAAAUUAUUGCAUUACUAAUAAUGAGCGAACAUAAUGUAAUUGUUUGUUAAAAGUAAAAUUACAACAAUGUUAAAUUAACAAUCAAUUUAUCAUAUAUUACUGAUGGUUAUAUAAAGUUUCUUUGUUAAUCUUCUAGACAGAGAAAACAGCUUGUAAGAUCAUAU